AUGGCUGCUGAGCUUGGGGGUGGAGCAUUUCUCUUUGCUGCUCUUCAAGUUGCUUUUCAAAGGCUGGCUUCUUCUGACAUCACCCACUACUUCCGAUCAAGAAACCUCAAGGAUAGCGUGCUCAAGAAGCUUCACAUCACCCUCAUUUCUGUGAAUCAAGUGCUUGAUGAUGCAGAAGCAAGGCAGUACACAAGCCCAAAUGUGAACAAGUGGCUUCACGAGCUCAAACAUGCGGUGUAUGUCGCGGAUGACCUCUUAGAUGAGAUUGCUACUGAGGGAACCAGGCUGAAGAUCGAAACUGAGAAUCAAUCUGCUACCAGAAAGGUGCGAGGCAUCUUUACUUCUUUUGCUAAUCAAUUUGAAAAACACAUCGAAGAAAGAAUCCAGGAAGUGCUUGAUGAACUGGAGUUCCUUGCAAAACAAAAGGAUGCGCUGGGAUUGAAGAAAGGCUCUGGUAGUGGUAGUGAAGCUGGAGUUGGUGUUAAACUAUCCGCCAGACUGCCAACUACAUCUUUGGUGGUUGGUGAGUCCAGUAUAUAUAGUAGAGAUAGUGACAGAGAAAAAAUAAUUGACCAUUUACUUGAUGAGGAUCUGAGUAUGAACCCACUAUCUGUGAUUUCUGUAGUGGGUAUGGGUGGACUGGGUAAGACCGCUCUUACUCAGCUAGUGUACAACGAUGUAAGGAUAGAGGAUCAGUUUCAACUCAAAGCUUGGGUAUGUAUUUCAGAAGAAUUUGAUGUUGUUAGAAUCACAAAAACAAUACUUUCCGCACUCGGAUGUUUCGGAACUGGAUAUGAAGACCUAAAUCAGCUUCAGCUGAAAUUGAAGGAGAAAUUGGUGGGGUGGAAAUUUUUGCUAGUUCUUGAUGAUAUUUGGAAUGAGCGACAAUCUGAUUGGGAAUCUUUGCAACUUGUUGAGUUACCUCCGGAUUUGGACAAGUUGGUGAAUCUGCAUUAUCUAGACCUUUCUAAAACUAAGAUCAGCAAGUUACCCAAUUCACUCUGUAAACUGCCUAAUUUGCAAACAUUGAAACUGCAGGCGUGUCAAUCUUUGGUUGAGUUGCCACCAGAUUUGCUGUUGGAAGGAAGAAAGAGGCGCUGA